UCCAAGGGCAUGUUUACAAAUGGCAAGCUUAUCUUCUGAUGUUAUAAAACACCAAAAGCUAUUUAGAAAUUACUGAAACUCCUAUCUAUAGUCUCUGCAAGAUACUGCUCAGGUGAUAAUGCAAUCAAUGAAAGCAAUGACAAUCUGGGAAAUCCUUUCUUUAUAACCUUGAGAAUUUGGCUUUGAAUGGAGACAAAUCAAACAGAUAGAACUCUUGCUCAGGCCCCUUUUCUGAAGCCAGAGCCAACAAGCCUAGUGAUUUUCUUUUGAAAGGGUCUUAAGUAGGUCUUUGCAUUUGGGAAGACCAGGCAAGUCACUUAGAGCCGAUUUCUGAACUGAGACUCACAGAUGCACAUACUCACACCCUCGUAUCCGGAGACAUGUGGACCUGGAGGGCUGGAGGAACUCAGAUGCCUUGGUCCUUAGGAGGAUCCAGAACCACCGUGCUGAGGCCUAGCAGGCAAGGGCAGGACACACAAAGUGUGAGAGCAGAGGAAUGAAGGAAAAUUAAAUCUUGGGCGAGGCAUUCUGUCCAGCAAAGAAUGGGAGGUAAAUACAUGGCACGUGGGCCUUCGAUAUCCUAUGAGUGGAAUGAAGGCAAUGCUUAAAACACAGCACCACUGCACAGCUCCACCUGUACGCAAGAUGCCCCCUUGUUUUGGGGCAGCCAACUGCUGCAUCUCCUGUUUAUAUGUGCACCCAAGCAGAGGAAGUCAGUCCAAAGCUAGAAGGAGAGAAAAUGAUUGCCCAGAAGCUCAAUGGAAGCCUUGCUUAAUACCUCAGUGGUUGAGAACACAGGUAUUAGGCUGAGGCCCACUCGGUUUGAAGCCUGGCAAUGCCAUAGGUCGGUUAAUUUAUCUUAUCUGUGAAAUGGGAUAAUCAUAGCAGCUAUCUCAUCCCAAGGGCAGGUGGGUGGAUGAAAUGAGAUGAUCGUGGUGCGGAGCUUAGCACGGUGCCUUGGUAAGCCUGGAUAAGCAUGAGCUGCUCUCUUAGGUGGGUUUCCCAGUUGCUGACCUGAUCAUCUAAUUGCAGUGCAAGUAGUUGAUAUGGAAAGGGUUCCUGGUCCCAUGAGGAAGGGAGUGAGGGUGUGAGACCGGGAAGGGAAGGUGGCCUUGAGCAGUUACUACCAUGAGCACUGGGGGCUCCCUCCCACUGGGGAUGUCUGGAUAUCACCUAAUGUGGGACAGGACCCAGAGCUGUGCCACCUGAGGGGUGUGGGGCUGGAUACUUACCCACCUACUCACAUCCUGGCCAAGGGCUGCUCCCAGGGUGUCUCGUCCCCAGCCCUCCCACUUGCAGGGCAAAGAGCCAUCAUGGAAACCGUGAGCCCUGAGGGGACAUGGGCAGGGCAGGGAGAGCAUCUGCUAAAACUGUCCUUGUUGUUCUGACUCCUGUCCCAGAGAGGGAAGAGCUGGUCUUUGGAACCCCCCAGACCUCAGCCUGUAGCUCAUCACUGCCUUUUACUAGAUAGGUGGCCCCCUUUGCCUCUUUGGGCCUCCAUUUUCACACCUCUUAAAAUAGGAACAAUUCUCUAAUGUUGCAGAAAUCGUUUUGAGGACUAUGUGUGACAAUGGCCAUACAGAGGCAGGCACGUAGUAGGCGCUCGGCCGCCGUGAGCCCCCUUACUCGCCAGCUGGAUUCGGUUCAAUUUCUCCCGCUUGCCUGUGAUGCUUAUUCUGUUUCUAGUCCCAGGGUGAGCCCAGGCCGGCACCAGACCUUCUUUCCAUGUGAGCAGGGACAAGCUGACAUCCAGAUUGGUGCUUGCCUCCGAGGUGACUUCUGAGUGACAGGCUGCUGCAGUGAUCUCCCAAGCUGUGUAUUAUCAUCUUGUUUCCCCUUUAGCUUCGAGCCUCAUCAGUCUGUGGCUUUCAUCAGAUCCAGAAAGGGUAGAAUAACUGGCCGGCCUAACGGCGGCUGAGCCAGGAGUGCAAUCCCAGCAGGAAGAACUUCGGACCCUUGCAGCUCCCGCGGCAGCCCAGGACUGGGGCUAUCUUAGUUUCCACUGCUGCAGCCUGUGGCCUGGACAUUUGCCCAUGGUUGUGAGGUCCCCAUGCAUGGGACUUCUUCCUCCUGACUCCAGGCUUCAGUUCACCCAUCAGGCCUUAAAGCGUCUUCUGCCCUAUCUUGCCCUGAACUUUUUGCUGCAAAAAGCCAAGGGCACUGCCUCAAGCUUAUCUUCCCAGCCACUGUUUACUGCUGCUACACUGUUGCCCAAGACCCUUCAGAAGUGACCGUUGUUGUCAUCUCCUACCAAGUCCUGGAAGGCAAGCCACCAAGUCCCAUGCACCAUUCCCACAGCCCGACAACCUUCCUGACUCUACCCACUGGAAUCUAAAGAGUCUGCCCACUUCUGGAUGUUUGUUCAGGUGAGCUCUCCACAAGUGUGGUGACCGUGACCACAGCAGGCUCAGGUCCCACCUGCCGAGCAGCGCUCCCAGAAAGUGACUCAUGUGGCCCAAGAAGAUGGACCACAUGUCUCCCAGGCUGAGAGCCUUCCUCUCCGAACCCAUUGGAGAAAAGGAUGUCUGCUGGGUGGAUGGCAUCAGCCAUGAGCUCGCGAUCAAUUUGGUCACCAAAGGUAUCAACAAGGCCUACAUCCUGCUGGGACAAUUCCUUCUGAUGCACAAGAAUGAAGCCGAGUUUCAGAGGUGGCUCAUUUGCUGUUUUGGUGCCACUGAGUGUGAGGCCCAGCAGAGUUCUCACUGCCUCAAGGAGUGGUGUGCCUGCUUCCUGUAGACACAAACCCCAUUGCUGCCCCCCACCCCCUGGGGAAAAUGACGCCCUCUCCACCUAGGCCCAGGCUCCGAGUCCUCAUUUGUGUUUUUAAUUUUAAUGAUACACGCCCAUUAUAAACAGUAGUUCAGGAACAUAAAACAGGACAAACGCAAGAGAAAUGACUCCCAAACCCACCACCCAGAAACCAUAGUCACUCCCCUUAGAUGAAUAUCAUAUCAAAUAUCUCUCAACAAAAAAUUUAUAUGAAAGAAUGGAUAAUUUUAUUUAAAAACAGGAAUUGAAUUUUAAGUCAGUGUAUUAGUGAUCUAUUGCUGCAUAACAAAUAGUCCCAACAUGUAGCAGCUUCUCAAAACAAACAAUGAUGCUAUCUCACAGGGUUUCUGAGGGUCAGGAACCUGAAAGUUGUUUAGCCAGCUGGUUCUGUCUCAGGGUCUCUCAUGAGAUUACUCACUCUUGGCCCAGCAGCAGUCAUCUGAAGGCUGGACCAGAGCUGGAGGACCCACCUCCAAGAUGGCUGCCUCGCAUGGCUGCUGGCAAGACACCUUGGUUCCUCACUACAUGGGCCUUCCCAUCAGGCUGCUCGUGGCAUGGCAUCUGGCUUUCCCCAAAGCUGGUGACCCAAGAGAGAGUGAGAGAGCAAGCAGGAAGCCACAGUGCCUUUUAUGACCUCAUCUCUGACACAUGCAAUAUCACUUCUGCCUUAUUCUAUUUGUUAGAAGCAAGUCACUAAGUUCUGAAGGGAGGAUAAUGAAACAUUCUUGAAAUAAUAUGCAUACACAUUUUAAAAAUCACAGUCAGUUUCUUGAGGCCUGAUUUACAUAUAGUAAAACUUACCCUUUUCAGGUGUGCAUUCUAUAAAUUUUGACAAAUUCACCAGCAUAAUCAAGAUGUAAGACACUUUCAUUACCCCAGGGAGUUCCCUCGUGCCUCUCUGUAGUCAUCACUUCUCCCUUCCCAACCGCUGGCAACCAUGAAUCUGUUUUCCAUCCCUAUAGCUUAGAUUUUUCCAGAAAGUCAUAUAAAUGGAAUCGUAUAAUAUGUAGCGUUUUCAGGUGGGCUUCUUUCACUUAGCAUAAUUCAUGUGAGAUUAGUCUAUUAUACAGGCUUUUUAAACUCAAAAAAAGGUUUAUUAGAUGCUAUUGGUGCCCACCCCACAUCCUGUCAGUAUUUGUUGUUCUAGUAGAGUCCAGUGACUUCUCCUAGCGAACACUUGAAUGUCUUCUGCCUGAGGGUCUCUCUGGCUACAAGAGUGGGAUCAGCCCACACAUAGGGCAGAGGGCAAGUGGCAAGCAGUUAAUGCCCAGUAGAGCCCACAGUGAUGGGUGAACAGUGACGGAUAAAUGUCCUGGCUUACCCUGCAGAUAGGACAAACUCUGAGACCGUCUGUUUGAGCCUCCCUAGUGGUAUUGAGCCCUAGUUUCCCACAGUGGUCACCUGCUCUCAAACAGCUCAUACUUCUCCCCUUCCUUGUCUUGUUUCCCCAUUCCACCACCAGUGUUUCCUGGGAUCAUCCCCCUACUCCUACUCCCUAGAAAAUACUCCAAUUUUAGAUUCAGGUUCUGCUUCUGGGAGAACCCAACCUAAGUCAAAAGUGUUGGAAUUUAGUUUUAUUUUAAUGAAAGAAAAAAUUGAAAUGUAAAGAAUUGCUGAAAUUUGAUGAAUUUUUUCUUCAUCUCUGGAUAUAGUCAUAAAUUAUUAACUCAAUUUCCUCUGAAUUUCAGAAUAAUAUGGAGGAAAAGAGUAAGAGGUUAAUAUCAUUAGGUUUAUUUUAAACUCAGGUUUUCAGUGAAAGAUGGUGUGAUGGCUAAUACUGAGUGUCAACUUGAUUGGAUUGAAGGGUGCGAAGUAUUGAUCCUGUGUGUGUCUGUGAGGGUGUUGCCAAAGGAAAUUAACAUUUGAGUCAGUGGGCUGGGAAAGGCAGACCCACCCUUAAUUUGGGUGGGCACCAUCUAAUCAGCUGCCAGCGCGGCUAGAAUAUAAAGCAGGCAGAAGAACGUGAAAAGACUAGACUGGCCUAGCCUCCCAGCCUACAUCUUUCUCCCAUGCUGGCUUCCUGCCCUCAACAUCAGAUUCCAAGUUCUUCAGUUUUGGGACUCAGACUGACUCUCCUUGCUCCUCAGCUUGCAGACAGUCUAUUGUGGGACCUUGUGAUGAUGUGAGUUAAUACUUAAUAAACUCCCCUUUCUGUCCCUCUAGAGAACCCUGACUAAUACAGAUGGUAUGAAUUCCUGCUAUAAAAGUAAAAAGAAAUUGAUAUUCAUGAUUCUUCUCUACUUCCCUCCCACUUUUAUUGGCUUUAUUAUUAUUUUUAAUUUGUCAAGGUUUAUAGCAUUUACAUUCUUCCCACAAUUGUUUAGUCCUAGUUGUGUAUCUAAGAGCUUAUCACCAAUCCUUGUUAGUAUCAUUAUUUUAAAGAUCAUAUCUUUGUCAUUCCUGAAUUAUUUAUUUUGAUAAUGUCUUUAUUGGUUGAUUUGCAUCAGUGUAUCUGUCUGUCAGAAUAGGCCAGGUUCUGCUUCUGUAACAAACAUCCCCCCACAUCUCAGUGAUUUAUCCAACAUAGGUUGACUUCUCUCUCAUGCUACGUGUCCAGUACAUGUCAUCAGGGAGCUCUGUCUCUUGUAGUCACUCUGAGGCUUUGGUUAAUGGAGAUACCCUCUCAACACACACUUCCAUGAUUACCACGGUGGUGGGAAGGAGCCAUGCUGAAUUACAUACUGUCUGUAAAAGCCUCUGUCUCAAAGUAAUACAUUCUAUUUGCACUCACAUUUCAUUGGCCAAAGGAAAUCAUAUGGCCACACCUAACUCCAAAUGGGCAAGGUCACUUCUGAAUGCAGGAGAAGUGGCAGCACUAAUCAAGACCACUGUCAUCAAUUAAGUUUAUAACUUUUUUACUUGCUAAUGUUUUCUUGAAAAAACAGAAACCAAACUAAGUUUAUUAUUUUUCCCCUGAAAGCCUUGCAGCUAUUAUGUUUAAGGUGAUGACUAUUUCCUAAAUUCGUAAAGUGAUUGGAAUAUUUCUACCAGAGUCUGUUAGCUCUUUCUAGCUCUGCUUUUCUUGCUCUCUCCAAGGAGAAACCAAAGAAUCAAGAAUUCCAGGAGAGCCAGUGGGUUCGCCCAAAGAUUUAAAUAGCUUCAUCUUCUGAGAGCUCUGGGUCUCAAUAGCCAGAAGCUUUCCUUUGCUCCUUCUUGCAUGGCCCACCCUUGGACUAAUUCUUCACUGAAAUAGUCAUGGUAUUUAGAGGUAACUAAUUUUCUAAGACAGGAGCUGGAUGGCUCUAGGGAAAGGAAAGAGAGGUACCUUCACCUCUCAGUCUAUUUCCACAUGCCUCCAACAUUGUUGAAAUUCAUCCUUCUAGCCGGAUUGAUAUUCAGGAUCAUGUAGGAGGGCCAGGGAGCUGAGAAACCUGGAAGAGAUGGGGCCCCCAAGACUGAAAAGCCUUUAUAAGAGGGACCCUAUCACAGAUAUUGAAGACAACAGUAGCUGUUUCCUAUUUAGUGUAAAAAUCUUCCCAAAGGCACUAGGAACUUUCCCCAUCAGUCAUUCAUUCCCUGGUGUUGAUUUUUGUCAUCCUUGUACAUAAAAUUAUUGGUCUAAAUUCUUCCCUUCUCCCUGCAUUCCCCAUGUUUGUCAUGUGACUUUGCAGUUCCUCCCACUAGAGGCAGAGUGUAAUUCCCAGCUCCUUGACUUAGACUUGGCCAUAUGACUUGCUUUGGCCAAUGGUAUGUGGCCGAAGUGAAAGUGUGCUAGUUUUGAGCCACAUCACUCAUUUCUACUUGCUCUCUUGUGCCUCCAAGAGGAGAGCUACUCCCUUGUAUAACUGCUGCCCCUUCAGCCUGGGCUUCAGAAGGAAACCAGGUGAAACUGACCUGAGCCAACCUGCUGCCGGGACCCAAGGCCAGCCAGCCCUGCAGCUUGAUGCAAAGUCGCCCAACUGAGCCCAGCCUACAUCAGCCAACCCUCAGCCAACUCAUAGGUUUGUGAAGGAGAACAAAGGUUUGCUAUUUAAAGCUACUGAUGUUUGGGACAGUUGGUUAUGCAGCAAUAUCUAACUGAUACAUUCUUUGUAGUCUAAAAUGUCCUUACCCUGCCAAAGUGUGCCACGUCGAAGGCCAACCCAACCUUUAGAUGGAGAAGCAGCCUAGGGUGGGGUGAAAAACUUUGCUUCUGGAGCCAGCCAGGCAUGGGUGUGAAUUCCAAUUCUGCCAGUCCCUACCUUAUCCCGGGUGAGCUACUUCAACCUUGCUGAGCCUCUGUCUCCUCAUCUGUAAAAUGGGUCAAGAACGUAACAAACCUGCCUUGCAGGGUGGAUCAAUGAAAACGCACAUGUAGGCGGGGCACAGUGGCUCACACCUAUAAUCCCAGCACUUUGGGAGGCCGAGGUGGGUGAAUCACUUGAGGCCAGGAGUUCGAGACCAGCCUGGCCAACAUGGCAAAACCCUGUCUCAACUAAAAAUACAAAAAUUAGCUGAGUGUGGUGGCACAUGCCUGUAAUCCCAGCUACUCAGGAGGCUGAGGCAGGAGAAUCGCUUGAACCCAGGAGAUGGAGGUUGCAGGGAGCCGAAAUCAUGCCACUGCAUUCCAGCCUGGGUGACAAAGCAAGACUCUGUCUCAAAAAAAAAAAAGAAGAAAGAAAGAAAGAAAGCACAUGUAAAGGAUGAGGUGAGUAGGAACAUGAUGAAUGGCCACUGAUGGCUGUUUUCUUAGAGCUCUCCUUCCAGUCCUUGCCUCUUGCACUCUUGGUCCUCUCAUGGCCCUUGGGAGAGAAUUCACAGCUGCGAGUUG